GGCGCAGGAAGGACUCAAAGAGGAGUGUGUUAGUAGCUUCGCAGAAGGAAAAUCAAGAGGCACAAAGAGAGGUGUGGUUGGAUGGAUAGAGUUUGUUGGCCGUACUUCGAUCCCGAGUACGAAAACUUGAGCCUCCGCCUUAAUCCUCCAAGAGUAUCUAUAGACAAUGCGACUUGCAGGGAUUGCACACUAGUCAAGGUGGACAGUGUGAAUAAGACAGGAAUACUGCUUGAAGUGGUCCAAGUUCUAACAGAUCUUGAUCUCAUCAUCUCCAAAGCUUACAUCUCUUCUGAUGGCGGAUGGUUUAUGGACGUGUUUCACGUUACUGACCAGCAAGGGAACAAGGUUACAGACCCUAGAACCAUUGAACACAUAGAGAAGGCUUUAGGACCAAAGGGUCACAUUGUGGCACCAGAUGGGGUGAAGGCUUGGUCAGGGAAGAGAGUGGGUGUACAUUCCAUUGGUGAUCAUACAGCCAUUGAGCUCAUUGGCAGGGAUCGCCCAGGUCUCCUAUCAGAGAUCUCUGCUGUACUCACCAACCUUCAUUGUAAUGUGGUUGCUGCUGAAGUAUGGACCCAUAACAUGCGUGUAGCAUCUGUUCUUUAUGUCAAUGACGUCACCACAGGUCAUGCCGUCGAGGACCCAAUCCGAUUAUCAGCAAUGGAGGAGCACCUCAAGAACAUCCUACGAGGGUGUGAUGAUGAUGGGAAAGCAGCUCGCACCAGUUUUUCCAUGGGCUUCACCCAUGUGGACCGCCGUCUCCACCAGAUGAUGUUCGCCGCAAGGGACUACGAAGAUACUGGGGUGACAGAAGAUAAGUCUUAUGCUCCUGCAUUCCGGCCAAGUAUCACAGUUGAACGGUGCGAGGACAAGGGAUAUUCGGUGGUCAAUGUUCGAUGCAAAGAUCGGCCAAAAUUGUUGUUUGACAUAGUUUGUACACUAACGGACAUGCAAUAUGUUGUCUUUCAUGCUUCCAUCUCAUCCAGUGGCCCCUAUGCACUACAGGAGUAUUAUAUACGUCAUAUGGAUGGUUGCACACUUGAUACUGAAGGAGAGAAGCAAAGGGUUAUCAAGUGUCUUGAAGCUGCAAUUCGAAGGAGAGUAUGUGAGGGUCUGAGCUUUGAGAUUUGUGCAAGGGAUAGAGUAGGGUUGCUAUCUGAAGUAACUAGGAUUUUUCGUGAGAAUGGGUUGACUGUUACAAGAGCAGGUGUUACAACAGUUGGUGAGAAAGCCAUGGAUGUCUUCUAUGUAAGGGAUGCUUCUGGGAAUCCCGUAGAAAUGAAAACUAUUGAGGCACUCCGUAAACAAAUUGGACACACUAUGAUGCUCAGUGUGAAGAAAGUUCCAGGCAGUGUUGAGGCACCUGAUCAGUCCAGUGGAUGGGGCAAGACAGGCUUCUUCUUUGGGAAUUUGUUUGAGAGAUUCUUGGCUUGAAACAUAUUGCUUCACUCACACAAACCCCUAAGAAUGUACAGUACAGUACAGUAAAGGUAUUCAGAAAAGAAUGUGGAAACAGCCAAAAGGCUCUGUUUAUAUAGUUUAAAUGUAAGAUAAAAAUACUUGAUUAAUUAUGUGCUGUUUUGGUGGAUUGAAACAGAUACAAAUGCACAAGUAGUGUUU